UGCUGUACCCCUUCUAACCCCUUCCCUCAACCCCCACGGGAUGAACCGCCAUAAAAUGGCGGCGGCCAUGUGGCGGGGGUCUUUGUCUCAUCACAAGAUGGACAAAGAAGCGCGGCGGGAACUCCUUCUUCCCAGACUAGCAGGAUAUCAAUUUCUAUGUUCCUGCUCCUCGUUUGGCUCCAGAAAAUGACCUUCUACCUGUCCACAGGGGACGCAUGGAUCGUCCCUCAGCCACGGAAAAAUGUGUGAGUCACCCUUGCCCAAGCUUUGAAACAAGUGGCUGUGUUUAGCCACUGCCUCAGCAGAAAAUCCAAUGUCCACAUGCCUGGUAGGGAUUCCAAGCAAGGGGCAAGAAUUUCCAAAGUCUUUGAUCCAUUUGCAAACUGAAUUAAAUGAAAACAAUCCCCCGAAUAUUUGGGCAGAGUUCUACAAGCACAAGGAUGUUGUAGAACGUGUUAAAAUACCUGUUCAGAAUCCCCUGCUCCUGUGGCAAAAGUUUGUUCUAGACUUGCCCGCUGCUGAUGGGGAGCCCCAGGAAUUAGAACUACUGGGCUCCACAAAAGCUGAAUUUUGCGUUCAAUUUAAUUUUUCACCAGAUAAAGAAAUAAAACUAUAUGCACAGGUCAGACAAUACAAGAUGGAAUUCAGAGCAAGCCAAUGGUGCACAGCUGUUGCUGUUUUAGAGGUCCCUAGCACCAUGGAUUUCUAUCCCCGCAAGCUGGAAAAAGGAAUGUUUUUCAUCUGUGGGGAUAGAGCAUAUCCAGGAAUCCCUUCUUGUCUUGUUGGAGGUCCAUGCACUCUGGGGCACCUUUCCCUUGCUUCCCCCAACAUGACUCAAAUUCCAAUUGGGCAAACGAAAAGUGAAACAAAAAUUACUAAACGGAGUGCAAGUCAAUUUGAUGAACAUUGUGACGCUGAAAUUUACCAUUGGGCAAAAUCGAAAAGGGUUGCCGUCUCUGUGUUCCUACCAUGGGUAGCGGCAGCCAAAGCAUUGAGUGAAUUAGGCAAUUUGGAAUGCUGGGUGACGAAGCAGGCAAGUUUAACAUCAGCAGCCUUGAGUGACCUGCUUGCAGACGAGGAAAUUACCAGGAAAGCCACCCUGCAAAACAGGGCAGCUAUCGAUUUCCUGCUGUUGGCACAUGGGCAUGGAUGCAAAGAAUUUGAGGGAUUGUGUUGCUUUAAUUUGUCAUCAAAAGGCCAAAGUGUUCAAUCCUCCAUCCAGGAAAUGAGAAACCUCAUUGGCAGCAUGAAGCAGGAGAAUGAGGACUGAUUCAAGGGCAUGUUUAAGGGCUGGGAUCUUUUUGGGUGGGUGUUGUCCCUUCUAAAGGACAUUUGUUAUUUUGUAGUUGGAAUUUUUUUAGUUUUGCUAUCAUUUGGGAUUCUCAAGCGAAUAAUUUCUAGCAUUGCUUCCUCCAAGUUUGCAGCCUCUGCACCUGUUGUAGCUGCUGCUGCCACCACGGGAGGAGAAUGUUGGGAAGAUGGAAAACAAAACAACACUGCAGUUUGAUAGCUGCAGUUUCUCCUUCCCCCAAAGCUCUGUUCAUUUUAUUAAACAAAAAAGAGGGAGAUGUUGCAGUGGGCAGCUAUGCAAACGGAGCAAAAGGGCUUUGUGAAUUUGAGAUGGGAGUUUCUGUUUCCUAAACCUAAAGCUGGAGUUUCUAUUCUGUAUUUUUACGUGUAUUCAUCCUUCCCCCUAGAGUUAUUCCCAUUGGAUUUUACCUAUAAUGUAUUCACACUGGGCAUUGUUCUAUUGCUUUCACCUUAUCUCUUAUUUUCCCCUAUAAAACCUGUGUCUGGACCCCUGAUCAUUGUCACUUGUACGUGCGGCGAUCGGGCAAAUACAACCUACUUUGGACUGCACAACAAGUGUCCGAUCACUUGAGUCUCUUUAUCCCGGUCUUGAUCGCACUCUCUAAACAGCUCUGUCCGUAUUAAAUGAACCCACAAAGGUGUUUGUUGCCUCUCUCUCCGGCUGCUCCCGGAAGCACCUGGCCAGCGCCCCGGGAAAGUGUAACCGGGCGAAAACAAGGAAGUCGGAGAGAGAAAAGAACGAAAAGCAGCAGGGUUCAGCCUGUACUAUGGGUCUGCAGCAUUACUAUCUGUGUUACAAGUCCAGUUUCUUUUCUGAGAGGUCACAAGAACUGUACUUUCAUCUGUGAAUGAGUCAAAAAAUUCUGAUGAGAUAAAAUGGCAUCUUGUUUCUGUAUUCCUAUGGGGAUUUCCUAUCCUCUCUCCUGAAACUGUGGCUUCCAGAAGAAAAAAAUUAAAGAAAUAAAGUAACAAGACUCCUCUA